GCCACCAGCCCUGACUGCCCCCCUCCGCAGUCGGACCCGGUACCAUGCAGGACCGUGUUGCCACUCUGACUCGGUUCCCUGGGCAUGUGGACAAUGAAAGUGACUUCUAACAAAUAAAGCUGAACAAGGCUUCGUCACAUUUGCAUCUCGGUCGCUUGGAGAAGUCACUGUCGUCAGGUUUGACCGCGGACUUCCGAGGACGUGCUCAGGAGGAUGAUGAUGCUGGCUGUGGGUGUCAUAAAUAAUUAUUCCUAAUUCAUAUCUGGACCACUGCAGUUGAUCAGGAGCUUACAAACAUCCCACCUCGUCAUCUAAAAAAGCAAGACAAAUGGAUGCGAUUGACACCCUCCAGGGCUCAGGCCUCGAGACAAAAGCUGAGCGAAUUGCUCGCUACAAAGCUGAGAGGAGGAGGGAGCUGGCUGAGCGCUAUGGCAAUGCUGAAGAGUACACAUCUAAAUAUGUCCGCAGGGACCGGAAAACUGCUGACUCUUCUGAAACUGUGUCCUCAGCCACCAAAGAAACAAGGAAUGAAGACAAUGGAUCAGACCAAUCAUACACCAGGCGGGGCAUCAGGAGCACAGUUGCAGAACCUUCAGUGCACUCUGAGGACCCUGGAUGUGAAAAAGAGACAGUCACUCGGUUUAGAGCAGACACAUCUUCUUUCUCUACAUCGGAUACUUUGUCAUCUAUAAAAAUAUCUUCUCAUUGCAGACUGCUGACAACUGAUGACAACCAGCAACCAAAAGCUGUCGAGAAACCGGUGGAUUCAUGUCAGGGGGUCAAGGACAGUGUUGGCUGCAAGAUGUCUCUUUCUGAGGACUCAGCAGUAGCACAGGAAGAACCGAAACACCAAGAGCAGAACACUUCUGAUGAAGACGACUCCAGCAGCCCUGAUAAUCUUACUACAGACAAGGACGUGGAGAGGAAAGUAACUUCACAUGAUGCUUUAGACAAGGAGCUACAUGAUGGUGAUGAAACAAAGCCUUCACCGCUGCAGCGACAAGACUCUGAACCACGAAGUAUCAGGGGAAUCCUCAAGAAAAACCGCUCUACAAGUGUGGAAUCAGACCACAGUGAGGCCUCGGUGCCUGAAUGUAUAGCAUCCAGACACAGCAGCGUGACCCUCAGCCACAAUGAGAGUGAAGAGGAGGAUAAGGGUGAGCCGGACUUGUCGGAAGAAUCCGAUUGUGAAAGUGACAAGCAAGAGUCACCGCUUGAUGAUAUAACGGAUGGAGCUAACUUCAGCUAUGCAAGACGAGACAGCUGCAGCAGCAGCGGAGGAAGUUUGGAGGAGACGAGUCCUUCACUUGAUGAGAGUCUGGAGAAGACUUCCUCCGUUUCUGAAGACGUGGAGGAGCUGGAGAGCAGUUUGGAUGGCAGCAUGGGGUCUUCCAUCAAACAGAGACUGGCGGAGUUCAGCAGCGGAGAAAUUGAGACAAAGGAAAGACUAAGGAAGCCAAAGCCGUCAGAACUGAUUCAGACAUCACUAGCUGAUCGCUUCAGCCAACUCCAUGACGCAGAAAAUGCCUGGAAGAAAAAGAAGUCCACUGUGGAUUUGGGUCUGAAGACUUCGCUGGCUGAUAGAAUGAAGACCCUGAAGGAAAAGGAGGAACAGUGGAAGAACAAAGGAAAGGGAGCAGCAAACGACUCUGUCCAGUUCACCGUUGCCGGUCGGAUGGCCAAGAGAGGUCUUGUGUCAGACAUGGAGGAGUCUCCUCUGAAAUCUCUCAAGAAAUCGAGUGCCACACCUGUAAAGCCGCACGAUGAAAUCACCAGUAAAACCGGUGUCAAAGUGGAAGGGGAUAAAAGACUUGACAAGCUGGAGUCUUUUCUGGACAAGCUUCACAAUAAAGGGGUCAGCAAAAACAAACCCUCCACCAUCGAGGUCACGGCUGAGACAGAGAAGGAAGUGAUGACUCUGGAUGAUGAAGAGACUUUCCGCAACUUCUACAGAUCCAUCUCACCCUCAACACUGAAUGACCCUGAUGUGGUCGUGACUGAAGAGGAUCUGAGCCAGAUCCAAGCAUCUACACCGACAUUGACCUCUACUGUGGCUGAACACAAGCGUGCAGUGCGACCAGCUCGCAGGAACCAGGGCUCCAGAAACCCUUUACGGGCUCUUGCUGCUCGUAAAGACAUCCGCAGGGUCUAUACCGAGCAGAGACUGAAUGUCGCCAGUGUGGAGACGAAAAGGAUACAAGUAGAAAGAAUGGCCAAACACUCUAAUCUGGCAGACGUGGCCUUAGCAGGCCUCGCCAGCAAGGAGAACUUUCGGAAGGUCAGUCUGCGAAGUGUGAAGUCCACCGAUGUUGUCACCAACAACAGUACGCUGCCAUUUAAGAAGCUCAUGCUGAUCCGAGUCAAAGGGCGGAGACAUGUCCAGGUUCGGUUAAUGGAUCCCACAGCCAAAUCUCUUAACAGUGGCGACUGCUUCCUCCUAAUAACCCCAAAACACUGCUUCAUGUGGAGUGGAGAGUUUGCCAAUGUCAUAGAGAAAGCAAAGGCGUCAGAAAUGGCACAGUUUGUCCAGGCCAAGCGGGACCUCGGCUGCAAGGCUAAUCAAGUGACUGUUCUAGAGGAGGGCAUCAAUACUGAGAGCCGUUGGGCCAAAGAGUUCUGGGAUCUGCUCGGAGGGAAAACCCAGUACAGAGGCGCGGGGGAGCCAGAGGAGGAUGAGCUGUACGAGAGCGGGGUGGUCGACUCUACUGGUGUAUAUAGACUCCAGGGGGACAAACUGGUGCCACACGAGGAGGCGUGGGCUUCCAUACCAAGUGUUUCCUUGCUGGACUCCAAAGAGGUUCUGGUGUUUGACUUUGGAAGUGAAGUGUACGUGUGGCAUGGAAAAGAUGUCCCUUUGGGUGACAGAAAAGUUGCUGUGAAAUUGGGCAAACAGCUGUUCAGUGGCAGCUAUGACUACAGUAACUGCAGAGUAAACCCCUUAGAUGCUUCCUGCACCAACGAGGACGUCCCUGCACAAGGGGAGAUCCGCCCUAGUUGGGCUUUGUUCGGUCGACUGUCGGAGCACAAUGAAACAGCGUUAUUCAGAGAGAAGUUUCUGGACUGGGCUGAGCGAAAGAAAGAGGACUCUGCGGCACCUGAGGAAGUCAAGAGCCCAGUCCACACCACCCCGCGAUCUCCUCUCGACUUGGAGUUGCAGCCAUGCGAUGCCAAAGCUCUGCUGGACAAUGAGCCCAAUCCAGUGAAGACGGUUCUGGAGGGGGUGAACGUCCAGCGGGGACACGGUGUGGUCAGGACAGAAGACGGGAGGCAGGCAGAGCUGGCCACAGUUGCCGUAGAUGCGUGGCACAUCAAGGAACACAGCGAGGAGGAAAUGUCUCCCGAGAGCCUGGGUCAGCUACACGAGGGCGACGCAUACAUCAUCCGGUGGAAAUACUCCAUCACCACUCUUGUGGGGAAGCGGCAGAAACCUGGCGAGCUGAGUGCUGCCACUUCUGGCAGAGAGAGGACAGCUUGUUUUUUCUGGCAGGGCCGUCACUCCAGCGUCAGCGAGAAAGGAACAUCUGCUCUAAUGACCGUCGAGCUUGGCAAUUUCAGGGGCGCACAAGUGCUGGUGAGUCAGGGCAAAGAGCCUCCAUGCUUCCUGCAGCUGUUCCAGGGAGGUUUGAUCAUCCACAAAGGCAGCAGAGACGACGCAGUCGAAACCACAGGAGGCUGGAGGCUGUUUUGUGUUCGGGGUGAAGAGCAGGCUGAGGCAAUGCUGCUGGAGGUGGACUGUGAGAGCGCCAGCUUGCGAUCUCGGACGGUCAUGCUGCUCAUCAGUGCAUCAGAAGGUCGUCUCUUCAUGUGGCAGGGCUGCAAAGCUCACCCUGCUGCCAGGGAAGUGGCUAAAAGAGCGGUGGAUAAACUGACUGAAAGGUGUCCAUCAGAGCUGGGCCUUAGCAGCACCAGCAGACUGAAAGUUGAGGAGAUAGAAGAAGGAUCCGAGCCUGUAGAGUUCAAGAAAGCCAUUGGAAUGAAGGACCGGAAAGCAUACGACUGCAUGCUGCAGGAUCCAGGAAAGUACAACUACACUCCACGACUCUUCCGGCUCAGUGCCAGUUCCGGUGUGUUUGAAGGAGAGGAGCGGUUGUAUCCUGCUCGGGUCACUGAGGGAGUCAUGGCGAUGCCCUUCCUGCAGGAAAACCUCUACUCAGCACAGCAACCCGCGCUGUUUCUGCUGGACAACCGCAUGGAGGUGUACCUGUGGCAGGGCUGGCAGCCUGAAGACAACCAGUGUACUGGAUCUGCGAAGAUGCGCUGGGACAGUGAGAGGAAGUGCGCCAUGGAGACUGUGCUGCACUACUGCAAAGAAAAGAACCCUCGCCGCCCCCCGCAGGCCUAUCUGGUCCACGUAGGCUGUGAGCCUCUGACCUUCACUAACAUCUUCCCGUACUGGGAGAAGGACACCACCAUCCCAAAGACUGAGAGCUCCAGAAACAAGGUGAUGUUGGUGAAGGAGGUUCUGUCCAAACUCAGUAAGCUACAGUAUUCUAUUGAGGAGCUCACAAGGUCCCCCCUACCGGACGGAGUCGACCCUCUUCGUCUGGAGGAUUACCUGUCUGACCAAGACUUCAAGAAACUUUUCGAGCGGUCUCGUGUGGAGUUCAACGCCCUGCCCAACUGGAAACAACAGAAUCUGAAGAAAAGCAAGGGUCUCUUUUAAAAUGUCUAAAUGUCAGUUGUAUUGUCAUAAGCCACUUUCUUACAGGAAAACAAAAAUGACAAAAGCGAUUGGAUCUCUGUCGUGCCAUUUUAACUUGUCUUUUUGUUGCCAACCAUCACGUGCAAUUGUUUAUCUAUGUUGGCUUUUAUGAACAUGUGAUAUAUGUAUGUACUAACAAUGAAUGUCUUUAACUGUUUACGCCAGUUCUUGUUUCUUUUUAGAGGACAAACAAACUAUGGAGUGAAAAAGAAAUCCAUUUUCAAAUGUCAACUGUUUGUUACUUUGGUAAGUUUGAGGAAAAAGCCAAACAAAUCGACGUGAAGAGAACAAUCUAUAAUCUGUCAGUGUGAUGACGUGACAACAAUUCUCUCCUCUACAGUCAAUUCACAUGUGUGCGCGCGUUCGUGUGUACCAAGCUUUUACGAUCAAUACUGUCAUUAUUUCUUUUUUUAUCUCCGUGUGAUUGUGGGCCUGUGACAAACUGAUGCUGCCAAAACUUUGCAGAAUCCAUGAUUUGAUGUGUCGUCUGACUGCAUUGUUGACUUGUUUGUGAUGGCGCUGACAGCUGCCAACUGAAAAACUGGCUGUUCGGGACCAAAAAGUAAUGGUGUUUUUGUGAGCGAGUGAGUGUGCAACACUAGUAUUGAAUAUGUAGCCGAAGAUAAACGUUUCCAAGCUCUUUCUUUUAAAAGUGUUACAUUGACAACUUGUUUCUUUAACUGUUGCAUGUUGUUAUGAAAAAGAAAAACUUUGAAAAAAUGUUUUGUAUCUGCAAUACAACAACAAUCUAGGGAGCUUUAAUGCCUGCGUUAUGAAUGCUGUUUUCGAUUCUUGGCACAUAAUUAAGGAUAUUGGUGGAGGAAGUAAUGCUGGUGCUCAGUAUUCAUUUUUAAUAAAAAGCCUUUGAAUUCCCACUUUUGCUUUACUUU